UUUUAGGGUUGAAUAUGUUUCUUCUUUUCCAACAGGGUUGUUGAUGUUUAUUCCAAAGAGGAAGACCACAAGUUAAAUGUGUACCACUUCCUUAUGGUUGCGAAUCCUGAAUCUUUGAGACCUGGAUUCGUAAUACGAGUUAGUUUCUUCUUCGUUAUGCUGAAUCAAUCAGGCAAAGAGUUAUACAGAACAAAAGAAAUGUGCAAAUUGUUCUGCGAUAAGGUCUGCGAUGAGGCCAAGGGAUGGGGUUGCUACGAGUCCCUGCCUCUUGAAUUCGAGACGAAUAAAAUCAUCCUAAAACUCGAAAUCGUAAAAGUAGUUGAAGUUGUUGAUUGGAAUGAGAUGAUAGAAUUUAAUGGUUUCCAGAUUCAUUAUUCUCAGAUUGAACCAGUUAAUUCGCUUUUCCUGGAUCACCGGGGCUUUACACAUAAAUUCCGUCUAAAGAACGAAUUAUUGAAGACAACAUACAUGAACGUCCUCCUUGCUCUCGUAGAGACACUGAACAAGCCUCAACAUAGUUUGACCGAGACUGAGCUAAGCAAUGCUCGCAGCGACCUGGUCGAGCUAACAGAAGCAGGUUUCAAGCUAAACUGGUUAAAGACAAUGCUUGAUGAGGUUUCCUUUGAUGGGAAUAAAGGAAAUUUUGCUGAUCAUGGGUCACAAGUCGAACAACACAUCAAGGAGAAGGUCGAGGCUGCUAGAGACUGGCUCGAGGGUGCUAUUCACUCUUGGAAAGGACAUUUGGGAUUUGUUCAUCUUCGUAAUGAGAAAAUCGACUGAAGAUUAAUACAUUUUAAUUUAUUUCUUUUUCCAUAUAUAUAUAUAUAGUUUCAUGGAUCUCAUAUUAGUUGGAACGAUCGAACCAAAGAGUUUUUUUAGUCAAGUCAGAUUCAUAUUGCGUCUAAUCCCAGUGUCCCAUGCGUCAACCAACCUUAUUUACAUAAUUAACAUAUAUAACUCUCAAGUUGCAAAAAAAAAAAAAAAAACAUAUAUAACUCUCCCAUGUCUCUCUAUAGACUCCAGUGUGUAUCCCAAACUCUCAAGUAAGUUCCGUCUCCAUCAUCUUUAGCUACUAGAAAAUGGCUUAUGGUUUUAGUGUUCUCUUUCUCUUUGUAUGCAUAACCCUUUUUUUUGGGGUUCAGGUGUUACCGUAUCUUUCUCAAUUCACAUGGUGCUUGGUGAAUUGUAUGGUCAAGUGGCUGAAUCAGACGAUGUGAUUCGCAAGCCUUCUUUAGUCGCUUGGCUGCAGUCACUGACCUACUUGUGCUCUAAUAAAUGGACUCAAGGCUCAGCUUCUGGACCGACGAUAGACACUUCUAACUAGUUGGCUGCUCGGCUCUAGGAGUCUCCUCAUAGUUUUGCAAACAUGUUGAAAUAGAGAAUAAAAAUGUUUUCCUUGUAUUUUGUUAAAGCUUGUAUGACAAAAACAAACAGCAGUCAACCCGGUUAGAUAUAUGAUUUACGGUUUUAAUUAAU